AUGUUAAAUAAUGUAUUGCUUUCUUCGGACGUCGCGCUAGUUUGUGUUCAACAUGCCUUAUCCACCGAAAAAGAAGAAAUUAUGGGUCUUCUUAUCGGGGAGGUACACAACAAAGGUACAAUGGUAUCGAUAGUGUCUUCUGUAAUAUUGCGACGCUUAGAUAAAAAGCCCGAUCGUGUUGAAAUAUCUGAAGAGCAGUUAGUGCAAGCUACAAUGCGUGCUGAAGAAUUAGCAGCUGAAGUUAACAGACCACUAAGGGUAGUAGGGUGGUACCACUCCCACCCUCACAUUACCGUAUGGCCUUCACAUGUUGAUCUUGCUACACAGUCAAUGUAUCAGAGAAUGGAUAGCAGCUUUGUUGGAAUUAUAUUUGCAGUGUUCCUUUCUGACCAGACAACAAAGGCUCCUUCGAUUCAAAUAACCUGUUUCCAAUCUGUAAAUGAUGGAUCAAAUCAGAGCAGAAAGGAAAUUAAAAUGGAAGUGGUAAAUAAUAAUGACCCUUUAUUGUCAAACAAUUUUGAGACAUUGACACAACUGCCUGCAAUACUAAAGGAGGAGGAAGAUGAGGCUUUUGGCAGUAAAGCUGAAGCAAAUGAUAUUGAUGAUAUAAUAAAUAGACAACAUAAUGCAGCAGUUAGAACUAUAGCAAUUGGGCAUAUAGUUGAUAAGAUGUCAAGACCAAUGUUGGAAGGUCUUGUAGCAAGAAAUAAUCUAAAUAUGGUUCGUCUGAAAGCACUAAAAAGACAACACCAGGAAAUGAUGGCUAAGCUGGAAAAUAUGUCUUGCAAUGUUUAA